GCUUGAAAGGAGACCUCCGGCCUAGCUGUCUCUAUGGGAUGCAUGGCCGCCCGCUUGUUGUCGAAAAGCGUACGAAACGUACGAGAUGGGUAGCUCCAAGCAUAAGCGCAAGUCCAGAUCCAGAUCCCGUUCCAGAGAUCGUGUCGUUCGCAAGAAAGAGAAGCGUCGAUUGGCUUCUCCGCCGAAGUCGGCCCUCGUCAGCAAACAGAGGAAACAUAGCCGCAAAAAUGACUCAAGUCCCGACUCCAGAAGAUCUAGCCACCGAACACGCAAGCGGAGCUCUUCAGAGAGUUCUGCAAGUUCUUCGGAUUCCAGUAACAGGAGACCAAGAAAGACGUCUACCGUGCCGCUGAUAGAGGAGUUGGAGAAGGAGCGCCAGCGGCUGAAACUAGAAAAGAAGAAGGCAAAGGAAGCGCUGAAGGCGACUGAGACUCCUGAGCAGAAGCGUUUGCGGCGAUUGGCAAAGAAGGAAGCCAAGGAGCGUAAACGGAAAGCCCAAAUGGGAUGGGACGAAGAAUACCUGGGCUACACAAACACGGACAACCCAUUUGGGGAUGCAAACCUGCUUAAGUCAUUCAAGUGGGAGAAGAAGUUUGAGAAGGAGGGCCUCAAGAAUGCAGCCGAAGAGGAGAUUGAAAGAAGGAAUCGUCUCAAGCUCGAAGAAAACCGGGUGAGGAGAAAUCUCUGCACCCCUUUGAAGUCAUUCGUAGGUUUGUCUUCCGGCAUCGAGGCUAGUAUUAGGGGGUGGUGCAACAAUUUUUAA